AUGUCCCGCAGCAAAGCCCCUGUCAUUUUCCUCACUAUUCUCGCACUUUUCCUCCUUGGGACUGUCAUCGUUCUCAGUACAGUUUCAUAUCAUCUCGCUAUCGACCCCACCGCGUAUCUCACAGAUAUUGAAGUCCCCCCCUCGGCGGGCGCCGAUAACUCGAUUGAAGCUCUUGAAAAGGAGAGGAUACCGAGGAUCAUACACCAGACUUGGAAGACCGACGUCCUGCCGGACAGAUGGAACGCCGUGUCUAACACAUGCCGCAAGUUGAUGCCUGACUACGAGUACAUGCUUUGGACGGAUGAAUCCUCUCGGGACUUCAUCGCUCGGGAAUACUCCUGGUUCCUCCCUACCUUCGACGGCUACAAGUACCCCAUUCAACGUGCAGACGCCAUUCGGUAUUUCGUCCUGCAUCACUAUGGAGGGAUUUAUCUGGAUCUCGAUGUGGGAUGUUUGCGGCCUUUGGAUUCUCUGCUUGUCUACCCCGUUAUCUUACCCAGAACGAUUCCCGUUGGAGUUUCGAACGACCUCAUGUUUGCCGCCAAGGGCCAUCCAUUCAUGGCCCAGACGAUUCAUAACCUCGUUACCUUUGAUCAUGACUAUAUCUUGAAUUAUCCGACCGUCAUGUUCAGCACUGGGCCGAUGUUCAUUAGCGCUCAGUAUGGUAUUUACACGGCCAGUCAUCCGUCCGGGUCGAAUGCGGCUUACCCUGGAGGGGAGGUUAGGAUUCUGAGCAAGGCACUUUAUGGAAAGAACGCCAAGCCGGGGGAAGCGCCUCAUGCCUUCUUCAGCCAUCACUACGGAAGCAGUUGGCACGCCGAUGACGCUUGGUUCGUCACCUUCCUAGGCAAAUGGGGUACGAUACUUAUGCGUUUGGGGUGUGUCGUUCUCGUUGUUGGAUUGGUGCGAGUUUAUUGGAGAAAGAAGACGAGCAAAGGACAGUCGAGUCUUAGGAGGAGGUUGCUUAGCAUUCGGUAUGAUUUCUUGUUACCGAGGGGAUACUUUUGGGAUUCGACAGUGUUGCCCACCACUGCUACUGCUGGUGCUCCAACUUCAUCAUCGACUUCGACGAGCCAUCAUCGUCGUCAUGGGCAUAGUCCUUCAGAUUUGGAAUACUUUUCGUAUCCUCCACGACCGGUUCACGUCCCGAUCCACGAUUCAUCCCGUUCGUCAUCCCCAAGUGCGUCUUGUGGUUCAAUGACGCCAUCAUCAUCAGCGCCUUCGGACCCACCCUCACCCUCGUCAGAUGAUUCGGCACCAAGUCAUCACGCCGCUGCCGGUUUCUUGUUCCCACUACCAUUUGAUAUUCGAGCUACCGCCGCCUCUUCUUCGUCCACUGUCAGUCUUCCGAAUGGCACCGAGAGAAGUAGGACGGAGAGAGCCAGAAAUAGCGUGGUGGGUGCAUUCAGGAGAGCUGGGACGUGGGUUGUUGGUGUUCCUACGUACUUGUUUGCUUCCACUUCUUCCUCUCCUCGGGGUGUUGGAGCGACGGUGACGAGAACGAGGACAGGUACUAUCGUCCGCUUACCGGCUAUUUUGGCGACUACUCAUGGUGGUACCGCUGCGGGUGUCUCGUCCAGGAAUAGUGGCCAUGGUGGGAUUGGAGUCGGAGUUGGCGCGGCUGCUACCGCGAUUGGUGCUUCAGCUGAAGCGAUAAGUGCUGCUGCGUUGGCGAAGGCUCGUGAGGCCGGGUUUAUCUUGCCUCUUUUGAAUAAUGCUGGGCUUGGGGUGGGGUUUGGAGUGGGUGGUGGUGGCCGGUCGUCACGCUGGCACCCACAUACAGAUUCGGACGUGGAGUCCAGUUCAGAAGGUUCAAGUACACCUGUUUUGGAGGCUCGUCCGUCAGCGCCGGCUGGGGGUAUUGCGGACGUCGAAGCUGGGCAUGGUAUCGGUAGCGGUGCGGGCGUUUUGGGGGUUAGUGAUACUGGUGGUGGAGGGGGGAGUGGAAGUGCGCUUGAGGUUGUUGGAAGUGAUGCGUUGGGUGUCGGAGGCGAGGCGAGGCGCACGAGGAGGAUAAGCACAUGUGCUGGGACGGAUUCUCCGCCUCCUUAUGGGUCGCCUUGA